AUGUCAACGCAAGGCGACUCACAAGAUGUGAAAUGGGAAAAAUAUGAAUAUAUUGAAUUUACAACAAAACAGGGAACCAAGAAAAAGCUGACACUGAUGAAGAAAAAAUGAAAACCAGGAGAAAUGUUCUCAUAUCUUCAAAAACUUCUUCAAACGUAUCCAGAACAUCAGUUUCGGGCCACGUGGCAAAAUAAGCAACUGAAAACCCUAAUAGAAAACCUACCUGAAAAUCAGUGCAUCUGUGUGCAUGAUUUUUCCGAGAAUUACAGAUGCAGUGACAAAAACGAAGUACAGUCAUCCUAUUUUCAGAGAACGGAAGUUUCAGUGCAUGUGUCCCUCCUAUAUAGACACGCCGUUCUGGAAGUUGAUGGUAUUAGCAGUACCGAAAUGGAACCAAAUAUUGUCGGGGAGCAGUUCUUUGUCAUAUCUGCAGACAUCAUGCACGAUCAGCAUUUCACGCGUGUUGCUCAGACCAAGAUCGCAGAUUAUCUUAAGUCUAUAAGCUAUGAAUGUACUGUAAAGCACGAGUUUCGUGACGGAUGUCAGUGCCAGUAUAAAAGUCGACAUUGCUUGGGCGAUCUGACCGAUUCUGUCAACGAUUUAAAGUACACGGCUAUUUACAGAAAUUUCUUUGAAAGCAGUCAUGGCAAAGGACCGCAAGAUGCGGCGGGAGGGCUAAUAAAGAAUCAGGCAGAUGCCGCGGUAACUCGUGGGAAAGCUAAUAUUCAGUGUGCAUACGACUUGUACCAGUUUGCCUGUGACAAUCUCCAAGAAGCAAAAUCACAUACAUUCAGACGUCGUAUAUUCAGAUAUGUUGAAAGUAUCCCGAGAAAUAAAGUUCAGAGUUACAAGGCUAUUCAUGAAAAUCUGAAGAUCUAUCCAGUUAGAGCAACUGCGAAUUCAAAGCAGCUACUUAUCAGAAGCUUGACAUGUUAUGAAUGCGACAGUUGUAUUGAAGGUUCCAUAAACAAAUGUGAAAACCAGAAGACGAUUGGCACAGUAAAAACUGUGGAAGCUCAGAAUGAGACUCGUUCUUGUACUGAAGAAGGUGAAGAGAACAAUGAAAUCAUUGAGAGUGAAGACUUAACAGAUCAUAUCAAACGCGGAUCAAUAAUCGCCGUUUUAUCUGGAACUGAACCAGAAGAAUACUACAUGGUUAAAUGUAGCGCUAAAACAACUUUAGUACGCACUGAAACUGACGCGUGGAAUACUACAUAUAGGGCCGGGAGUGUGGUGCUGAAGGGAUUGUAUUUUGCAAAGGUGGGAGACUUAAAGUAUAAAAUAAUACGCGGAAAACAGGCAAUUGUUCCAGUACAGUCUGUCAUGUACAUUUGCAGCGAUAUCAGAUGUGAAAAUGGCCAGUUUUCCUUGAGCGAAGAUGAACACCAAGAUAUAUUACAGUGUGUUGAUAUGUGUCACUUUGUUCGCUAA